AGCUGAAAGAAAUGGGCUUCUGAAUUGAAGCCGUAAAGCUGAAUCUUCCGUGAUAGGCCAAUAAUUUAGCUCAGCUACACAAACUGCAGCACAUUUCAGAACCACACAGUUCAUUACCCCCUCCAGUAGUCCCAAUCUGGAGCCAGGUGUAUUAUACCAGUAACUUUUCAUCUCAUUUACUCAAUAUACAUUUUAAUAUUAUCAUUCCAUAUAAACCCAAGUCUUCCUAGUGGUCUCUUUCCUUUGGUUUUCCUAUCGAAAUAUCACUAGCUGAAGAUGAGUGCUCAGCUUCUUGCCCAUGCCACUUUACCACUGGCGAAAGACCCCCCUGUACCCACUGAAUAGGAGGCUGGGUGACCCUCAGAGCCAGUGUGGGUGACAUGGAGAGGAGAAAAUUCUUGACCUUAUCAGGACUCAAAUUCCCAACCACUCGGGUCAUCCAGCCUAUAGCCAGUCACUAUACCGACUGCACUGUGGAUCCAUGUAUCCACUCCCUCAUACGUCAUCAUGGCAUAGUGUUUAUUUAAGCACAGGGGACACCUUUACUUUCUUACUACCUCUUAUGCCCCAGCAAACAUCCAUGUUGAUGAGUUGUCACUGCCCCCAGUCAGGCUAAGACUAUGAUAAAACAGAAACUAAGAGACUUCAGAUUAUGUAGUGUAAAUUGGGAUGUACUGGAGACAUCCUUUUCUGUGAGCUCUCAUUAAUGUCGGUACCAAUACUUAUUUGCGAUGGAAAACUGUGUUGAUGAGCUUCGAUUGCUUCUGGUCAAAUUAGUCCUACGAUUGAAACGUGAUUUCACAGAUGUCACUUCAGGUAGUAUACAAUGUGGUAAGUUGAACAAGUCCUUUUUAAGUUAGGAUUAAUGUUAUGACCUCUUAUUCAUUCAGGCAAGAACAGUGUUGAUGAGCAAAGGGUGCAACAAAUCUGGUUAAAACCAUAUUGGAAACAUGAUUUCAGAGAUGCCACAUCAGCUACUGUACACUAUUGUCAACUGAAGGAAUCCAUCUUUAUGAGCUGUCAUUAAUGAUGAUAACAUGUCUUAUUUUACAGGGAACAACUAUGUUGAGUCUUAAUUGCUGCUUUUCAGGUUAAUGCAAUGAUGGAAACAUAAGUCACAGAUUUCACAUCACGUACUGUACAGUGUGGUGAGAUGAACAAGUCUUCUUUAUGAAUUGUCAUUAAUGUUAUCACUUAUUAUUUGCUGGUAGCAAUGCUGUUUAUGAGACUUAAUUGAUGCCACUCAGUAUUUUAGUAUUUUGGAAACCUGAAAUCAGAGUUUUAAUAUCAGGGAAAAACUGUGUUAAUGAGUCUUCAUUGCUGCUACACAGGAUAAAAUAUAUAUGAAAAAAAGCAUUUGUAAAUGUUUUAUUCAGGGAACAUCAGUGUUGAUGACCCUUCAUUUCUCUCACUCAGGUUAACACAUUGUUGGAAGCAUGACUUUAGAGAAUUUCCAUCAGGGGACAUCAGUGUUGAUGAGUUCUCAUUUCUCCCAGUAAGGUUGACACAUUGUUGGAAGCAUGAUUUCGGAGAAUUUCCAUCAGGGAACAUCAGUGUUGAUGAGUUCUCAUUUCUCCCAGUAAGGUUGACACAUUGUUGGAAGCAUGAAUUUGGAGAUUUCACAUCAGGGAACAUCAGUGUUGAUGAGUUCUCAUUUCUCCCAGUAAGGUUGACACAUUGUUGGAAGCAUGAAUUUGGAGAUUUCACAUCAGGGAACAUCAGUGUUGAUGACCCUUCAUUUCUCCCACUGAAGUUACACACUGUUGGAAGCAUGAAUUCGGAGAUUUCACGUCAGAUGUGGAGAGGACUGCAGAUCCGUUGGACGAGAGCUCAGACAGUCGGGAACCAGUCAGUGGUCAAAAGUACAUCAGGUGUGACCUAUAAUGUUCUGUCUUCCAACUAUGCUAUUGGACCAAUGAACUCAACUGCAAAUGUAAUCGAAGUGAGGCAGAAUGUGCAGGGGGUUGAGACAGCCAUAGCUUUUACAAGAUGUAGAAAAGGAAACAUAUUGAGUUAAACCGGAAAAUAGAAAAGUUAGGAAGAAUUCACAUAUUCAUAGGAAGGAGUUGGAGCAUGCUUUUGAUGAGAGAGUACCAGAAAUUAGUGAUGCUUGUGCAUGUAACUGUAGCAGGAAGUGAACUGUUAAUCUUCUAGACAGAAAUAUGUCUCCAAAUGACAUAAUGGAACAUUCUCAAAAUCACUGUCAAUUUGUCAGUUAUGAAAAGAAUGUCCCGCAUAUUAGAUAUUGAAUUGAUUUGUGUUAAGGCCAGGAGAGUUCACUGAUUGCAUGAAUUUCUGUUCUACUUGCUGCCUCAGUGCCAGAGCAUAUGGAUUGUGUAUGUUACCAGUUUCUGUAAAUGUUGAUAGUAUCAUGUAAUAUUUAUUGUAAUGGUGUGAACGCAGUUUCUGAGGACAUGGGCUAUCAGUAUUUUCCAUUAAGAUAUGUAUAUUUUUUUAUAAUGGUGUAUUGUUAUGUCUCUGUUCUAUUUGAACACAAUUGUGAAUAUGAUCACCAACAGUCAAGAGAAUUUUAUGAGUGCUGGGGUAUUUCGAAAUAUGCGGUAAAUCAGAUGUCUGCAUAUUGUAGAUAGAAGGAUAUCUCUUAAUCAUGUGAUAGUGGUGGGUGUGGUGAUGGAGGUGGUGGAAGUCAUGGUGGAGGGGAUGAUGCCAAAGAUGGUGGUGGUGAUCGCCAGUGAAUGUUGACGAGUGGAAAGAUUUGCACAGUGAGGAUGUAGAUCACUGGACAGACUAUAUUGCACUCACAUCUCUGUAUACAGCUGUAAUUGAGGGAUGUCUAGAGGCAGUAGUAUGAAGAUGUAAUUCAAUGAAUCUGUUUGGAAAAAGAAAAGAAGUGUUACUUUUCAGCAGGCCAUCCUGUUGAAGGCCUGGUUAGUUUUCAGGAAUGUUGCCAUGUUGUGUGUGAGGUUCUUGAUCUGUGUGGAUCUUGAACCGAGGUCUGGAAGGCUUGUGUAGAAGCAUUCUGUUUGAAUGUUUGAUGGCAGUCAUGUAUUGUAUUGAACUGUGACAUGUAUAAAGUGCUGGAUUAAUUUGUU